AUGGCCAGCGUCCACGAGAGCCUCUACUUCAACCCCAUGAUGACCAACGGCGUGGUCCACGCCAACGUAUUCGGCAUCAAGGACUGGGUCACCCCCUACAAGAUGGCGCUGCUGGUGCUGAUCCGGGAGCUGGGCCGGACUGGGCCGCAACUCAGCCUGCUCGAAAAGCGGCGGCUCAACCGGCUACUGCUGCCCCUCUUGCAGGGUCCUGAUAUGACACUGUCUCGUUUGAUUCGAAGUAUUGAUGAAUGCUGCUCUGAAAUAGCAAAUUCUGUUCAAACAAGAAUCAAGCUGAUGGCAGAAGGGGAAUUGAAAGAUAUGGAACAAUUCUUUGAUGAUCUUUCAGACUCAUUCAGUGGAACAGAACCAGAAGUUCACAAAACAAGUGUUGUAGGCUUGUUUCUGCGCCACAUGAUCCUGGCCUAUAAUAAGCUUUCAUUCAGCCAAGUCUACAAGCUUUACACAGCUCUCCAGCAGUACUUCCAAGCUGAUGCCAAGAAAGGGAGGGGAGAUGAGAGUGAAAUGGAGCUGACACGUUGCGGAGAACCGGAUGAGGAAAUGGAGAAAGAAGAACUUGACGGACCAUUCAGGGAGGAAGAGAUAUCCUGCAAUGGCCCACUCUCACAGAAGCAAGCGGAAUACUUCCUCUCACAACAGGCAUCUUUGUUGAAAAAUGAUGAGACCAAAGCACUUUCUCCGGCAUCUUUGCAAAAGGAGCUGAACAACUUGUUAAAAUUUAACCCGGAUUUUGCUGAAGCGCAUUAUCUGAGCUACUUAAACAGCCUUCGAGUCCAAGACGUCUUCAGCUCAACGCACAGUCUCCUUCAUUACUUCGACCGCUUGAUUCUCACUGGGGCAGAAAGCAAAAGUAACGGGGAUGAAGGUUAUGGGCGAAGCCUCAGAUACGCUGCCCUUAAUUUGGCUGCACUGCACUGCCGGUUCGGUCACUACCACCAGGCUGAGCUGGCCUUGCAGGAAGCCAUCCGGAUUGCCCAGGAAUCGAACGAUCACGUCUGCUUACAGCACUGCUUGAGCUGGCUGCACAUCUUGGAACAGAAAAGAUCGGAUAGCUGCAUACUUCUAGAGCAUUCCGUGAAGAAAGCUGUAUAUUUUGGAUUGCCAUAUUUAGCCUCUCUGGGGAUCCAGUCUUUGGUCCAGCAAAGAGCUUUGGCAGGAAAGACAGCCAACAAGCUAAUGGAUGCUUUGAAAGACUCCGACCUCUUGCACUGGAAACACAGCUUGUCUGAACUGAUCGAUAUUAGCAUCGCCCAGAAGACGGCCAUUUGGAGGCUGUACGGGCGCAGCACAAUGGCGCUCCAGCAGGCCCAGAUGCUCUUGAGCAUGAACAGCCUGGAGGCCGUGAACGUGGGCGUUCAGCAAAACAACACAGAGUCUUUUGCCGUGGUGCUGUGCCACUUGGCGGAGCUGCAUGCAGAGCAGGGUUAUUUCACGGCGGCCUCUGAGAUUCUGAAGCAUCUUAAAGAGAGAUUUCCCACCAACAGUCAGCACGCCCAGCUGUGGAUGCUGUUUGAUCAGAAAAUCCAGUUUGACCGAGCCAUGAACGAUGGCCGAUACCAUGUCGCCGACUCGUUGGUGGCCGGCAUCACUGCUCUGAAUAGCUGUGAAGGGGUUUACAGGAAGGCAGCUUUGCUCAAAGCCCAGAAUCAGAUGUCCAAGGCACACAAACUCCUUGAGAAGCUCUUGAUCCACUGCCAUAAAGUCAAAAACACCGAGAUGGUCAUCAGUGUCCUGCUCUCCGUCGCCGAGCUGUAUUGGCAGUCUCUGUGCCACACGAUCGCUUUGCCCGUCCUGCUGCAGGCCCUGGCCCUGGCCAGGGAAUACCGCCUGCAGUACUUGGCUUCGGAGACCAUCCUCAAUUUGGCUUUUGCCCAGCUGAUCCUGGGGAUUCCCGAGCAAGCCCUCAGCAUCCUGCAUAUGGCCAUCGAGCCCAUCCUGGCCCACGGGGCCGUGCUGGACAAAGGAGCUGCAAUGUUUUUGGUGGCCAAGUGCCAGGUGGCUUCUGCAGCCUCUUACGACCCUGCAAAGAAGGCAGAAGCUCUGGAAGCAGCUAUCCUGAACUUGAACGAAGCCAAAACCUACUUUGCAAAAGUGGAAUGUAAAGAACAGCUGCGGGACAUCGUCUAUCUGCAAGCCAGGCUCUUCCACAGCCUGGGCAAGACCCAGGAGAGGAACCAGUGCGCCAUGCUCUUCCGGCAGCUUCAUCUGGAAUUCCCCGCCCGGGGCGUCCCCCUGAUCAGCACUUUCAAAUGAGGCCUCUGAUCAAAGGAAUCCAGUCUUUGGGGAAGGCCAGUGGAGCCCCACAAGUGGAACGAGAUCUGUAGAUCCUUCCUCCACAGUCCCCCCCCCCCCCGUCUGUGUGUCUCUCCCUGCGCCCUGUUCGGUCUCUGCAAAUGGCAAUAAAUUGCUCUCUGGGUGCCCAGAUGUGGGCCUGUGUUCAGAUGCCCUUCGUGCCCGGCUUGUCUGUUCUUGCAGAUCGAGGCCCACUAACCGAUCCUGGUUAAAGGUGGCCUGCGUGCCCCAGACUGCCUUUACCAAUUGGGUCCCACUGCAUGUGGUCCUCGAUUUACGACCACGGUGGAGCCCAAAAUUUCUGUUGCUAAGCGAGACCCUUGUUAAGUGAGUUUUGCCCCGUUUUACGACCUUUCUCGCCACCGUCGUUAAGUGACAUUUGUGACCGUUGCAGUAUCCCCACAUCGCCUGAUCAAAAUUCAGACGCUUGGCAACUGACUCGUAUUUGUGACCGUCACAGUGUCUCAGGGAGGGGUGUCACACGAUCUUCUCUGGCCCCCUUCUGAUGAGCAAAUUCAAUGGAGAAGCCAGAUUCACCUCACAGCCGCAGCGACUCACUUAACAGCUGUGGUGAGAAAGGUCAUAAAACGGGGCAAAACUGACGUAACGCCUUUCUCACUUAGCAACGUAAAGUUUUGGCCUGAGUUGCGGUGGUGAGUGGAGGGCUGGCCGUAUCGAUCUAUCCGGCAAUCUUUUUUUUUUUUUUUUCCGCAAAGUGCAGCGGCUCUUGGCCGGCGUAGCUGAGCUUUCAAAGCUGGACGUCCAUCUUUGUCCCAAAGUCCAUCGGAGACCGAUCUGUUUUCCAAAUGAGAAGCUCUCAGAGCCCAUCAUCCCCCUUCUUGCAUUAUUGAAGCCUCUCUGAUGGAGGCAACAUCCCCUCCCGUUGCUCAGGAGACGCUUUUAGCCUAGGUAAAGAGGCUCUUCUGGAGUUUCUCCUGGCCUCGCAGCGGCUCCGGGCGGCUAAGAGUCCCUCUCUCUGGGUGGGGGAACUUUUAAAAGCUUGGCAAGGCCUGGAUGGGGGCAGCGCCAGUUGCAGGAGGUUCUGAAAUGCUGCGUUUCUUCUCUCAGCCCUAGAGAUUGUGCAGGUGAGGAAGGUGGAAAAAAGAACUCAAGAUUUGCCCCACUGAUGUCACGCACGGCGGGACUGUAAUCCUAAGUACGGGCAGUCCUCGACUUGCAACAGUUCAUUUAGUGACCAAACUUAACAACGGCACUGGAAAAAAAGGGGCUAAGUUUUUCCCACUUAGCGUCCCCGUAGUCAUGUGAUUUACAUUCGGAUGCUUGACAACUGACUCGCAUUUAUGACGGUGGCAGCGUCCUGGGGUCAGGUGGUUCCUUUCGCGACCGUCUGACACGCCAGAUUCACUUAAUGGCCGGGUUAGCGACAGAAAUGUUGGGCUCGCUUGUGGUCGUAGGUUGAGGACUACCUGUGUAUUUGGCCACCCAGGUGCGAAUGCAAAGGAAGCGUGGAAAACACGGGCAACUCUUUUCCCAUCCUUCUCCCUGAGGUUGGGGGGCUUUUAAGGCUGGGGGGGGACGCCCUCCCCUCCCUGAAAAGUUGGAGCUUUUUUUUCCUCCCCCCUCCCCCCCAAAUC